CGCGGUCACACUGCAAGGAACUGUUCUUGGGUGAAAAACACACACACAUUUGUUAUAUUUUGCUAGGACUUACUAUAUUACUUCACAAGGAGAAAUGCCUUCGAAAAAGAAAAAAUACAACGCGCGUUUCCCAGCGGGUCGCAUCAAGAAGAUCAUGCAGAGCGACGAGGAGAUUGGUAAGGUUGCACAGGCGGUACCCGUUAUCAUUUCCCGGACGCUGGAGCUGUUCGUGGAGUCGCUGCUGACGAAGACGAUGCGCAUUACGAAUUCACGCAAUGCCAAGACAUUGUCCACGUCCCAUAUGAAGCAGUGCAUCAUGUCGGAGCAGCGGUUCGAUUUCCUCAAGGAGCUCGUGCGGAAUAUACCAGACAUCAGUGUGGCCGAGGAGGCAAGCUCCUACAACGAUGACAGCUCGCCAGAGCAAUACCCGGACUCAGAUACGCCAUAUGACCUUAGCCUGCCAUCCACAUCUAUGCGGUCAUUGCCGAAUGGAGGCGGAUCUGCUAUCGGCCCCUACAUGCGCUCAAUGAGCUUGAACGGCACCAGCCUGAAGCGGCAGCAGCAGCUCCCCCCAUCCACACACACCCCAUCGGUCAUUGUGCCAUCUGUGGCGCACACGCACCAGCUACAGUUGGGGCACGUGCCCGCCAAGUUGGCUCGCUCGGAAUCAACUCCGUCCUACACACCGCGGGGCAGACCGCCCAACCCAAACUCCUACCAUAAGAAACAGUCGCACGACACUGCCAUACCUGCUCCGAUCUGCAGCUAUGAACUCAACAAGCCAAUAGUCAAAAUCGAUUAUAGCAACGUGCAGAUGCCGACCACCAACCUGUGCACCCCAGAGGCAGAGGCAGACGCCAACGUCGCAUUCAACUUUGACAUUGCGGCUCCAGUCAUCAAUAUCGAUCUGACGAAUAUUGUAGCAGCUGGAACGGCUGGAAAGAGCAGCGCUCCCAUCAUUCCAAAGGCCACUGCGGCAUCAACGACCCCAACUGAAACCAUUUUCGAAUUAGACGAAGACUAUGACAAUAUUUGAUUAGUAUCUAUGUGAAUGCGCUUUUAAAUUAUUGAUACAUUAAUAUGUACUCUAGCUCUAAGUAAUCACAAUACAACUUUUGCAAAAUAAAGAUCAUGCUGGAUUUUAAGCUGAA